UUUUUUUUUUUUUGUGAUUCUGCAUCAACUUGUAACAAGAAAACCUAUAAACUAUGGCCAAAGAAAAGAAAGACAAGUCGCCAGCGACACCAUCCAAGGAAAAGAAACAGGUUGAGCCAACUACGCCGUCAGCAGGGGACGAAGAGUCUAGUUCUGUAUCGUACGAGACAAGGGUGAAGGCAUGCAAUGCCAUUGCACACCCACUGGCAAGCAAAAAAUUGACAAAGAAGGUUUUGAAGACUGUCAAGAAAGCCGCCAAAGAAAAGCAGGUCCGAAGGGGAGUCAAAGAAGUCGUCAAAGCCCUCCGAAAGGGAGCAAAAGGCGUCGUUGUCAUUGCUGGUGACAUCUCCCCCGUGGAUGUCAUCACCCACGUUCCCAUCCUCUGUGAAGAAGCAAACGUAUCGUACAUUUACGUACCAUCCAAAGAAGAACUUGGUAGCGCUGGUGCCACCAAGCGGGCAACAAGUUGUGUUUUGGUUGUAGAAAAGACUACAGGCGGGGGGGAGUAUGGAAAGUACUACGACGAGAUUGCAUCCGAGGUGAAGGAACUGAAUCAAAAGUUGAUUACAACUGUGUAGAGAGUCGGUCAGACGUAGGCGGAAUGCGAGGAAUGGAGGGGAGAUCCAGUUUCUAGUUUUUGAAUGUACAAGGGAUUUCUUUGCCUCUAGAGGCGCUGUGUUUCCCUUGUCCAUUUGGUUUUCUUUUUUAAAUUGUAUUAUAUUUACUGAAUAGAAUCAUUGCAUGAAUUCAAACAA